UGGAGGUUAUUGUUAUUGUUAUUAUUGAAGCAGUGAUUACUAGUACUAAGUGGCCUGAAGAGAUGUGUUUUCCUGAACUCUGUGGUUCCUAAGGGACCACGGCGAGACUGUAUUCCUGAGGUAGGAAGGUACUCUACAUUUUUCUCUCUCUAUAGUGACAGGAGGGCGCUCUAUCUUCUCCUCUCUAUAGUACCGCUUCCGGGCCGCAAAACCCGAGCUCCUCCAGUCUACCGUUACCAUAGAGUUGUCCGAGAGAGGUGGGGGGAGCACAAAGAGGGAGGGAGGGAGGGAAGGGGUGUGUGUGUGUGUACGAGAGAGACUCUUCUCUUGCUUUCCUCCCCUCCCUAUACGGCAAAGAGAGGAAGUCCUCGAGAGGAUGAGCAACGUGGGGGGAGAGAAGAUGCAGCUGAGGGGGAGGUGAGAAGAAGAAGAACCACCACCUCUUCUUUUCCCAGCAGAAGAUGGGGAGAGGCUAGCUUCGAUGGAGAACGAGAAAGCAAUAAUGAUGGCUGAUGCCUGGUACUUGGAAGAUUGCAAAAGAAACUCACCAGGAGGAGGAGAGAGGCUAGGUAGAAGGGGAACAUGUUUGCAGUCAUGGAGAUGCUUCUGUUUGAUCUGGUAGAAGAUGAAUGUUAAACUCUAAGAGGAACUAUAUCACCUUGGUAUCAUGGUUCAAGGUCACACUGAGGAGUGAGAGGCAAUGAGCAGAGAAACAGAAGCAACAGAGCCUGUGGGAGAAGACAAAAUGAAUGCCCUUUGCCAGGAGCUGUUGUUACCUGGCCCAGCCGUUGUGGGAAGUGAAGACAAUCAUGGCAUCACCAGUGAUAACUUAGCAGUGGGACAGAGCUUGCUCUUAACAGAGACUUCAGUGGUAGGAACAGAAACAACUGGUGUUGAAAUAUUUGUGGAAGCAAUGGGUGACACCAUGUCUCUGAGCAAUCCUGGCAACACAACAGAAGUCUUGGUUAAAGUUGUGGAAUUAUACUUCUGUGAACGAUGUGGGCAGAGUUUCUCUGAUCCCAGCCCGCUUUCCCAGCAUCAGUGCACGGAGCCUUCCAGAGGACAACUCACGAGCAUCCCUCAGCACGAAGGGUUACCAUUGGGCCUUACCAGCCGGGACCUGGCCGUCUCUGGACAGCAAGCAAGCGACCCUCAGACCCCAGCACAGCACUUGCCAGAUGGAAGCAGGCAGGACCUGGAAUUCAUCACUGAGCCCUUUCUGUGCCCCAUUUGCCAGGUGGAGUUUUCCCUGCCCAGCAACCUGAAGGAGCACUUUAAAGACCACCAGAAAUCCCAGAGUACUCCAGUGUGCCCGGAGGAAAGCUGUACUUUCAGCUCAGGCAAUCGCAAGCAGCUCCGGGAGCACUUGCGUCAUGUCCACCAGGUCUCUCCCGUCGCCUGUGCCUACCGUGGCUGCCUGGCCUUGUUCCGAAGGAGAGAGGACAUGGAGCUGCAUCGCAGGAACCACUUCCCGUUCCACUGUGGCCAUUGCAACUUCGUCAGUGCCAACACCAAGCAGUUUGGGCAGCACAGGCGCAGCCACCUUCAGCCGGCCACCCAGACAGAGGUGGAAACUGGGCUGGCAACAAAAAAAGGAGCACAGGGAAGGGCAGAGGUGCUGAAUAAGGCAGAAGAUAGCCUCAAAGGACAAACUGGUUGGGAAACGACAGAAAUGGUGCCUGCAGUGGAAGCACAUUCUGAUAGCAAUUAUGUGCCUUCUGAAGACAUUGGAGUACUGGCCAAAGAAAACGACUCUGGGAAUGGAGGAGAUCAGUUAUUGAAUGAGCAGGAGGAGGAGGAGGAGGAGGAGGAGGAGGGAGAGGAGACCUAUGACAAGAAAGCAUCUUCUAAGAUACUCAAAGGAGACGUCGCUGGGGACUCUAAAUGUUUAUUCAAGACCCACAUGUGUCCAGAGUGCAAGCGUUGCUUCAAGAAGCGGACUCACCUGGUAGAACACCUUCACCUCCAUUUCCCUGACCCAAGGCUGCAGUGCCCAAACUGCCAGAAGUUCUUCACGAGUAAGAGCAAGCUGAAGAUCCACAUGAUGCGCGAGACUGGCGAGAAGGCCCAUCGCUGCCCACUGUGCCACUACAGUUCUGUUGAGAAGAAUGCCCUUAACAGGCACAUGGCCAGCAUGCAUGAGGACAUCUCCAACUUCUAUUCGGAUGUUUACUCCUGCCCAGUGUGUAAGGAGACGUUUAAGCUAAGCCACGCUCUCAAGGAGCACCUGAAGACCCACAAGGCAGAGCCCAAGCCCCUGAGCUGCUUCCAGGCGGGUUGCAGCUACUGCACUGAGGACCGCAAGGAGUUUCUACGCCACGUCAGGGAGGCCCAUGGCAUGAAAGCCGUCGAGUGCAAGUACUACGCCUGCUCCCUGCUCUUCCCCACUGCCGAGGUGAUGGAGGCGCAUCGGAAAACACACUAUGCCUUCCACUGCCAGCAGUGUGAUUUUAUUUGUUCCAACAAGCACACCUUCCGCAAGCAUAAGAAGCAAGGGCACCCUGGGAGCGAACAGCUCCAGUGCAGCUUUUGCCCCUUUGCCACGUUCAACUCAGUGGAGUUCCAUGACCAUGUGGGCAAGAUGCAUGCCAGCGAAAAGAUACACAAGUGCGCAGAAUGCAACUUUGCCACGGCACACAAGAGGGUCCUCAUUCGCCACAUGCUGCUCCACACAGGAGAAAAGCCUCACAAGUGCCAGCUGUGCAACUUCACUUGCCGAGACGUGAGCUAUCUUUCCAAACAUAUGCUGACCCACUCGGAUGAUAAGAACUACAUGUGCACGGAAUGUGGCUAUGUGACCAAGUGGAAGCACUACCUGAACGUCCACAUGCGGAAGCACACGGGGGAUCUCAGGUACCAAUGCAAUCAGUGCCCGUAUCGCUGCCAUCGGGCUGACCAGCUGAGCAGCCACAAGCUGCGCCACCAAGGCAAGUCCUUGAUCUGUGAAGUGUGUGGCUUUGCAUGCAAACGCAAGUAUGAGCUGCAGAAGCACAUGCAAGCAAAGCAUUCUCAGGACUAUCAGAUGCCCAUCUUCCAGUGCCAGUACUGUAGCUACCAGACUAAAUACAAACAAGCCUUGUUCAACCAUGAGAACUGCAAGCACACCAAGCAGAGGGAGUUCCGCUGUGCCCUGUGCUCUUACCAUACAUUCAGCAAUACGAGCCUCUUUUUCCACAAGCGUAAGGUCCAUGGCUACGUUCCUGGUGACAAGGGCUGGCAGGAGAACUAUGCCAACCGGGAGUUGGAGGCCACUUCCUCUGGAGUGCUGCUGAGCUACAAUCUGGCCAUGACUCUCCAUUCAGAGCCCAACUCUUCCCUGCCAGGGAAGGAGACGUGGCGUGAGAAAGCCAAACCCCUUGCUUCAGAGGCCCAGGAGGAGGAAGGCUGCCACAUUAUGCCUCUCUUUGGGAAUGAAAAUGCUGCAGAGAAGCAAAAGGAAGGUAUGGUGAGAGGACAAGAUCAGUACAUGGUUCAUGGGACUCCUUCAGAGGAGCUAUCUCUGAAAGUAGCUUCCGUGAGCUCUGAAGAACCAGAAGGUGGUGGUGGGCCAGUUCCAACUUGCACUCUGCACUUGGCGCCCUUGUGCAACUCAGAUCCAGUUCUGGAGCAGCUGACUGAGGAGAUUCCUGCAGCUCUGCCAGAGACUGACGGGUCUCUGAACUGCAGGGAAAUGGGCUCUGCCUAUGAAGUGUUAGACUCCAGAGAUGCUCUUGCCCUGGACUGUAGUGAGCCUGCCCUUGAAGAUGUCCCUGACUUCGAGGAGGAGGCAGAAGUUCCUGGAGAUGGAGAGUUGGAGCUGGAGAAAGAUAUUGGUUCCAGCACUGGUGACAGUAACGAAAAGAGUGCUCUGCAGGAUCUGAGGGGCACCAAGGUUGAUGGGCAGAACACAGAAUGCUUGGAAGUGCCACCUAGCCCUAAGCAGAGAGUGGCAUGCAAAGAGCCAAGGACACAGGAGGCUUUAUCUAAUGGCUUGAAGCAGGAGUCUCUCCCACCUGAACCUAACCAGGAGAUCCCCCUUACUCCAGAAGGUGCACUUUUCUCCUCAGAAGAAGAUUCUCAGUCAGAAUCUGUCCUUAGAGCCCUAAGGAAACAGGACAAGGAGCAGGCAGAGACCCUGGUCCUGGAGGGGAGGGUGCAGAUGUUGGUGGUUCAGUCCAAGAAUCGGGUCUUCAAGUGUGAGAAAUGUUCUUACAUCACCAGGAAGGAGAAGUCCAUGUUGGUGCACUGCAAAGUGGGCUGCCAGAGCAAGAAAUGCCCUUUAGUCUGCCAGGAGUGUGGGGCCAUCUUCAAGCAGCAGAGAGGAUUGAAUACUCAUCUCCUGAAGAAGUGUCCAGUCCUCAUGAAGAAGAACCCUGAAAAAACAGCCUGCUUAGACCAGGCGGUGGUGGCAGCGGCGGUUGCCCUUGAGGACCCUAGUGGCAAAAGUCUAGGAACAACUGAGCUAGAUAAGAAUGGCGUAGGAGCACUACAUGAGGGAGACUUGAGCACGCUGAGAGAGACUUCCUGGGGGGUAGGAUGGAGGCCAGGUAAUGCUGAACCUGUGACCACUCUGCUUCCGGACCAUCAGUCUGUAGCCAUUGACCUGCAUGACAAGCCAUCUCAUGGUGUCCCUGAAACCAUGAUGGAAGAGCUGUUGCUCCCUGCAAAGGGAGAGGCUGCCAGCUACCACUCAGAGCGAUACUACCUGGAGCAGGGGAAGUUCCACUGUAAAUCCUGCUCCUUUCUCUGUUCACGAGUGUCCACCAUCCUUUCCCACGUGGAGGAUGUCUGCCGUGGCUUGGAGCCAUUCUGCUGUCCCUUGUGCUCAAAGACCUUCCGCUCCAAGAGGGCCCUCAAGAUCCACCAGGCAGAAGGGCAUGUGGAAGCUCACCCCACUUGCUUGCGUGAAGGAUCCUGUGCCCCCUCGCCCGGGGCAGAAGAAGAGGAACGAGGGGAUGAGCCAGUCAGUCAAGAGGACGCGAGCCACCCUGAUGAACAAGCAGAGGCGACGCCUCCCCCUCCGAUCACUCUGCGCAAGAGGCGGCACUUCUCCUGCCCCACCUGCCCUUUUACAUGCCACCAGGAACGGGCCCUGAAAACUCACAAGAAGCGAGGCUGCUUGAAACUGGGCGAGUUUCGCUGCACCCUCUGCUCCUUCACCUCCAAAGCUGCUGCUGCUCUGCGGCUCCACCGCAAGCUUCACCGGAAGUACUAUAAUACGCGACCUCAGCUGGCCUGUUGCCAGUGUGACUUCACUUGCAAACAGGUGCGCUGCCUGCGCCAACAUGUCCGCAUCAAACAUGAAGGCGUGAAGCCCCACAAGUGCCCUUUCUGUGAUUUCAGCACCACCCGACGCUAUCGCCUGGAGGCCCACCAGUCUUUGCACACCGGUGUGGGCCGCAUUGCUUGUCCCACCUGCGGCCAGACCUUUGGCACAAACUCCAAGCUGCGCAUUCACCGCUUGCGUGUCCACGAGAAGAAGCCCACCCAUUUCUGCCCGCUGUGUGACUACAGCGGCUACAUUCAGAAUGACAUAACUCGCCAUGUCAACAGCUGCCACCAGGGGGACCUGAACUUUGCCUGUGCCCACUGCGAAGCCCGCUUCAGCUCAGAAACAGCCCUCAAGCAGCAUGUGCUGCGGCAGCAUGAGGAGAAGGUCUCCUAUGGCUGCUCUCACUGUGCCUUUGUCUGCCACAGUGAGGCUACCCUCAAAUGCCAUGCCCAGAAGCAGCAUCCUCAUCUGGAGUGUGCCACCUGUAAAGAAACCUUGACCACCCGCGAGGAGCUGGAGGAGCAUAAGAAGUUACACUUCAGCCAUCGCUGUGACAUCUGCAGCUUUGCAGCUAAGGAGCGGCAGCAGCUCGUGAGCCACUACUUAGAGGCUCACGAGCCCUCUGGGACCGAGGAAAGGCCCUUCAGGUGCUCCUUUUGUGAUUUUGGAUGCCACCACCAGCUGGUGUUUGACCACCACAUGAAGGGCCAUGGUGGCACCCGCGUCUACAAGUGCUCAGAUUGUGAUUACACCACCAAGAACAAGCAAAAGAUCACAUGGCAUAUACGCAUCCAUACUGGGGAGAAACCUUACAAGUGCCACCAAUGCCAAUAUGCCUGUGCUGACCCUUCCCGUCUCAAGUAUCACAUGCGCAUCCACAAAGAGGAGAGGAAGUACCUUUGUCCAGAAUGUGGCUAUAAGUGCAAGUGGGUGAAUCAGCUGAAGUACCACAUGACGAAACAUACAGGGAUCAAGCCCUAUCAGUGCGAUGAGUGUAGCUAUUGUACUAACCGUGCUGAUGCCUUGCGCAUCCACAAAGAGACGCGCCACCGGGAGGCCCGGUCCUUCAUCUGCGAACAGUGCGGGAAAGCCUUUAAGACCCGCUUCCUCCUCAAGACACAUCUCAAGAAGCACAGUGAGGAUAAGCCAUAUGUCUGUAACGUGUGCUACCGGGGUUUCAGAUGGGCUGCCGGCUUACGACAUCACUAUCUCAUUCAUACCAAUGAACACCCGUUCUUCUGCCGAUACUGUAAUUAUAAGGCCAAACAGAAGUUCCAAGUGAUCAAACAUUUGCAGAGGCACCACCCGGAUCAGGGGGACCUUAGCAAAGGGGUGGGAAAGGACCCUAGCACUCUGACUUUCCAUCUGCAUGAUGUCCAGCUUGAGACAGCCCCCUCCAAGCAACCAGAGGAAGGGGACGGUCAGGCAUCUCCGCAUGGCUAACUCAGCUCCCCACCCCUGGACUUACAAGUUAAGGUUACUUGGCUGUAGUUUGCAUAAGCCAGUGGUGAAGUCUGCCCUUGUCAUCUUGUGGACACCCUGUCCAAGCUGCUUGAAGCUCCCCAGGGAAAAUGGAGGCCCUACUAUGUCAACUCAAGUGUAUGUACUUUUCUGUGUUUAUAGUCAUAUCUGUAUAUGGGUUGUAAAAUAUGCAUCUUUAUAAAAAGGAUCUUCAGACUUG